UUCUUUUGAUAAAUAUACCAUUGUGAUAUUUGAUAAUUUCAUUUCUUAAUCAUUUUUUUUCAAUCAUAAUAAUGAAGAAUAAAAUUCUAAACGAUUUCAAACAAGUUGAUAAAACUAAUCUUGAACAAAUGACUUUUAAUCUUUGGAAUAAUACUUCCAUCGAUACAAGUAGUAGUGCUUCAAAUCAAUUUUUCGAAGUAUCAUCAACCGAUUCGGUGGAUUCGGCUGUUGGUGUUGAAAGACGUAAAUCAUGGCACGAAUCAACACAAUCACCAUUAUUAUCGCAAAUGACCAUAUCGAAUCGAUUGUCGAUAAAUGAUUCGGGUCAGAAUCAAUCAUUGAUGCCUAUCAAUCAUCCAUCAUCAUCAAAUUUGGUGAUGGAUGAUUCAUUUAUGAAUCAAAUGUGUACAUUGUAUAUCGAUAUGUCAUUCGAUGAUCGUGUAUUUUUUGGCGUACAUAAUUUUUUCCUAUUGAAAUGCUCAUUAUCAGAAAGCCAAUGUAAUGUUGAUUUUUCAGCCACUAACAAUAAGGUAUCGAUCAUUGGUAAAUCGGAAAAUGUGGCCAAAAUGUGUAAAUCAUUCUUUCUGCAUUCAACAUUUGCAUUGCAAUUUGAAUUCUAUUUUUACGAUGAAAUAUCCUGUGCUGAAUAUAUGAAAGAACGUUUUCCGUCAUUGCAAAAAGAAUAUGAAAAAUGGGAUGUCUAUAUAUCGUAUCGUCCAGAUAGGCCGAACACAUUGUUGUUCAAUUUUUUAACAUUUCGAAAAUUUUUCGUUCGACUCAUACAAACAAUGAUCAAUUUUCAGAUGCAAUUGGAAUUCUAUCAAUUAGGCCGAGUAUUGCCAAAUUUUAUGAGCACAUUACAAGUGCCGAUUACACGUCGUGAUGCAAAUGUGAUCAACGCUAGCUAUUUGGAAUCGAUUGAAAACGAAACCGGUACUAAAAUCAAAUUGAUUCGUUAUCAUGAUUGUCAACAUUAUCCAUUCGAAAAUGUCAUCAUCACUGGUGCGGAUAUUCUUUCAGUCAUACAGGCUCGUUGGUUGAUCACAACUCGUUUUGAAUAUGAAUUAAAUUUUCAGGUUUUUGUUUCUGAUACAACAAUGUUGGUAAAAUGUAUUUCAAGUCUGAACUAUGAUCGAAGUUCGAUCGAAGUCACCAUAUCGCCAUGUGUAUCGAACCCGAGUUUGGACUCGAAAAUUCUAUCAAUCAAAACAAAUGAAAAACAUAUUGAUAAAAUAUUUUCCAUUCACAAGGAACUUAUUGAUUCGAUGAUUAUUAAUGGCGUUAUUUCCGAACAUCGUAUGUGAUCAAAUCAACCACUGUUUAUUUUUUUUUUUUGAUUGUCAUUUUUUUCUAUCAAUCAUUCUAUAUCCAUAUAACAAUUUAUUAUGUUUUUUCUUUCUUUCAAUUGAACUAAUUCUUUCAGUCAAAAUAAAAACCAACAAAUUUCAAUAAUUAUAA